AUGGCGGCGGCGGCGGCGGGGCCCGCGGGGUCGGGGCUGCCGGGGCCGGUGGCGCAGGGGCUGAAGGAGGCGCUGGUGGACACCCUGACGGGGAUCCUGUCGCCGGUGCAGGACGUGCGCGCCGCCGCCGAGGAGCAGAUUAAGGUGCUCGAGGUGACGGAGGAGUUUGGCGUUCACCUGGCAGAGCUGACCGUGGAUCCCCAAGGGGCCUUGGCCAUUCGGCAGCUGGCAUCUGUCAUCCUGAAGCAGUAUGUGGAGACUCACUGGUGUGCCCAGUCAGAGAAGUUCAGGCCACCGGAGACAACGGAAAGGGCAAAAAUCGUCAUCCGGGAGCUGCUUCCCAGCGGCCUGAGGGAGUCGAUCAGCAAAGUGAGGUCCAGCGUGGCCUAUGCGGUGUCGGCAAUCGCCCACUGGGACUGGCCAGAGGCCUGGCCCCAGCUGUUCAACCUGCUGAUGGAGAUGCUGGUGAGCGGGGAUCUGAAGGCCGUCCACGGAGCCAUGCGAGUGCUCACAGAGUUCACCCGCGAAGUGACCGAUAUUCAGAUGCCACUCGUUGCCCCUGUCAUCCUCCCUGAGAUGUAUAAGAUCUUCACGAUGGCAGAGGUUUACGGAAUUCGAACCCGAUCCCGAGCGGUUGAGAUUUUCACCACAUGUGCCCAUAUGAUCUGCAACAUGGAGGAGUUGGAGAAGGGCGCGGCCAAAGUCCUGAUCUUUCCCGUGGUGCAGCAGUUCACUGAGGCCUUUGUGCAGGCCCUCCAGAUGCCAGACGGCCCCACGUCAGACAGCGGGUUUAAGAUGGAGGUCCUGAAGGCAGUUACAGCGCUGGUGAAAAACUUCCCCAAACACAUGGUGUCUUCCAUGCAGCAGAUCCUCCCCAUCGUCUGGAACACCCUGACGGAAAGUGCUGCCUUCUAUGUGAGGACAGAAGUGAAUUACACGGAAGAAGUGGAAGAUCCUGUGGAUUCUGAUGGUGAAGUGCUGGGCUUUGAGAACCUCGUGUUCAGCAUUUUUGAGUUUGUCCAUGCUUUGCUUGAAAACAGCAAGUUCAAAAGCACCGUGAAGAAAGCCUUGCCCGAGCUGAUUUAUUACAUCAUCCUCUACAUGCAGAUAACUGAGGAGCAGAUCAAAGUGUGGACUGCCAACCCCCAGCAGUUUGUCGAGGACGAGGAUGAUGACACAUUCUCCUACACUGUCAGAAUCGCUGCCCAAGACCUUUUGCUGGCGGUGGCCACCGACUUCCAGAAUGAGAGUGCCACGGCGCUGGCUGCCGCCGCUACCCGCCACUUGCAGGAGGCAGAGCAAACCAAGAGCAGCGGCACCGAGCACUGGUGGAAAAUUCACGAGGCCUGCAUGCUGGCUCUGGGUUCCGUGAAGUCCAUCAUCACCGAAAGCGUGAAGAACGGCAGGGUCCAUUUCGACAUGCAUGGCUUCCUGACCGGCGUGGUGCUCGCGGACCUCAACCUGUCCGUGUCUCCAUUCCUGUUGGGCCGGGCCCUUUGGGCUGCCAGUCGGUUCACAGCGGCCAUGUCCCCGGAGCUGAUCCAGCAGUUCCUGCAGGCUACGGUCAGCGGCCUGCACGAGACCCAGCCGCCCUCGGUGCGGAUCUCCGCCGUUAGAGCCAUCUGGGGGUACUGUGACCAGCUGAAGAUCUCGGAGAGCAGCCACGUGCUCCGGCCCUUCCUCCCCAGCGUCCUCGACGGCCUGAUCCACCUGGCGGCCCAGUUCAGCUCGGAGGUGCUCAACCUGGUGAUGGAGACGCUGUGUAUCGUCUGCACGGUGGACCCGGAGUUCACUGCCAGCGUGGAGAACAAGAUCUGCCCCUUCACCAUCGCCAUCUUCCUCAAGUACAGCAACGAUCCCGUCGUGGCCUCGCUGGCCCAGGAUAUCUUCAAAGAGUUGGCCCAGAUCGAGGCCUGCCAGGGACCCAUGCAAAUGAGGCUCAUACCAACCCUCGUCAGCAUCAUGCAGGCGCCAGCUGAUAAGAUCCCAGCGGGGCUGUGUGCGACAGCCAUAGACAUCCUGACCACGGUGGUGAGGAACACUAAGCCUCCUCUCUCCCAGCUCCUCAUCUGUCAGGCGUUCCCUGCCGUCGCCCAGUGCACCCUACACACAGACGACAACGCCACGAUGCAGAACGGCGGCGAGUGCCUGCGGGCCUACGUCUCGGUGGCCCUGGAACAGGUUGCCCAGUGGCACGACGACCAGGGCCACAACGGGCUGUGGUACGUGAUGCAGGUGGUAAGCCAGCUGCUGGACCCCCGCACCUCGGAGUUCACUGCGGCCUUCGUGGGCCGCCUGGUCUCCACACUCAUCUCCAAGACGGGCCGGGGGCUGGGGGAGAGCCUAGACCAGAUCCUGCGGGCCAUCCUCAGCAAGAUGCAGCAGGCGGAGACCCUCAGCGUCAUGCAGUCCCUGAUCAUGGUGUUUGCCCACCUGGUGCACACGCAGCUGGACCCCCUCCUGGAGUUCCUGUGCAGCCUCCCGGGGCCCACUGGCAAGCCCGCCUUGGAGUUCGUCAUGGCCGAGUGGACGAGCCGGCAGCACCUGUUCUACGGACAGUACGAGGGCAAAGUCAGCUCCAUCGCUCUAUGCAAGCUCCUUCAGCACGGCAUUAACGCGGAUGACAAGCGCCUGCAGGACAUCCGGGUGAAGGGAGAAGAGAUCUUCAACAUGGAUGAGGGCAUCCGGACCCGCUCCAAGUCAGCCAAAAACCCUGAGCGCUGGACAAACAUUCCUCUGCUGGUCAAAAUCUUAAAGCUGAUCAUCAACGAGCUCUCCAAUGUCAUGGAAGCCAACGCCUCUCGCCAAACGGCGGCCGAGUGGAGCCAAGAUGACUCCAACGACAUGUGGGAGGAUCAGGAAGAGGAGGACGAAGAGGAUGAAGGUCUGGCGGGACAACUCUUAUCGGACAUCCUCGCCUCCUCCAAUAAAUAUGAUGAGGAUUACUAUGAAGACGAUGAGGAGGACGACCCUGAUGCCCUGAAGGACCCCCUGUAUCAAAUCGACCUGCAGGCCUAUCUCACGGGUUUCCUCUGCCAGUUCGCCCAGCAGCCCUGCUACGCCGUCUUCUCGGGCCACCUCAACGACAACGAGAGGAGAGUGCUGCAGGCCAUCGGCAUCUGAGCCUGCCGUCGCCACCGGCCCAACCCCUCCUUCUUCCCUCCCUCCCUCUCUCCUCCUGCCAGCCUGCUCCUGCUCUCUCCCAGCCCGUCUGCCCCGGAUCCCUCUGAGGGAAAUGAGGCCGGGACCCGCCUAGAGCAACCCGGCGCUUUCCUCACGGGAAGUGUGGGAGGGAGGAAGACGACCAUGGGUGACUCUCACCCCCAGCCCCCUGGAAUUCCUGCUUCCCUCAGCCUCUGACCCCGGGGCCCGCCAGUCCCGGAAAAUGGCCGCUUGGGGCCAAUGGAGAGCCGAGGUGUCCUGGACAGAUUUCUCCCCGCCCCACCUUUUUCCCCUUGUACCUCCAACCUUUUGAGGGGAGACAGGAAGCCAUGGCCACCUGCGCCCUCACGUUUCAGCACGAGGGCAAACCCACCCUACCCAUUGAACUGGAACGGGACUAGACGCUGCCACACUUCCCGGACAGCAGGAAUUCCCCGGGCUGGGGCCGAGGGGCUGGAGCGGGAGGGCCGCCCCACACUGACUCCUGGCAGCGGCUCCCCUUCCCCCCACAGCCCUCCCCCCCCGAGGAGAGCGGACGGGCCCUUGGCCAUCUCCAGACGUUCUGCCCACACCCACCGUGUGGCAGAAACCUAACGAAGAAAGCUGCCACAACAGGCCCCUUGCCUCACCGCAAGGCGCCCCCAAAUUCUGAGGUGAAGAGAUCUUUGCGUACACACGCACACAUACACACCAGGGCCAGCUCCAUGGUGAUGAAUUUCUCUUUUUUUACAAAAAAAAAAGGAUUAAAAAAAAGCACCACCAUCUA